AUGCCGUCACAUAAGCUUCACCGCCAUCCAAAAAGCCACGUUCAUCACCGUCACUCUUCAUCACACCACCGUUCACCACCGUUAUAUUUUCCUAACAUCCAAACAGCCAACGACGUGCUCAUGGGAAGGCGAGUCAAAGGAAGUGAAAUCCAUUUCAUCAGAUUUGGUUUGAAAGACAUAAGGGAAAAAUCCGAAAUUAAGCGACUCAAGGAGGAUUCUGAGUUGAUGAUGAAGGAAUAUGGACCGACCUUAGAUGGCUCUUACAUAAAUGAUUUGCCCUUGACGUUGGAGAGUAUGCUGAUGGUCAAGAUAGGUGAUCUCAAAGAGGCAUUCCAAGUGUUUGAUAUAAUGUCAACAAGAGAUCGUUGUCAUGAUACUGGUUCAAUGUUUUCAACCAUAAAAAUGGAAGUUUUUAAUCAAAUGUUAUGGCAAGGGUGUUUGGCAUAUGGUAGAGGCAUGCACAUGUAUAUAUGGCAGAUAAUGCACUAG